AUGACCAUACAGUCGCUCAUCAAACGCGUGUGCGAUUUGGAUCGUCGAGUGGAUGAUGAGGAUGGGAGCCUGUACCUUCGUGCUGUCCUCGUGUGUGUGGCUCACACCCUUGUUCUUGGGUUGGAUGCGCGGGUACAGCCGUGGCUUUGGGUUUUGGUGGAUGAUCUGGCUGCGUUUGAUAGAUUCCCCUGGGGCGCGUAUUCGUAUAAGAUGUUAUGCCAUUAUACGACAGAUGUAGGAACCGGCGAGAAAUAUCACUUCUACGGUCCUUCGUGGGCUUUAUAUGUCUGGGCAUUGGAGCGCGUCCCGGGCUUCGGACACAUGGUCGCAGCAUCUAGCGGUGAUCCGACAGCGCACCCUCGGUGUUUGAGAUGGACUUUCAGGGGUAAGCCGAAGCUUCAUGGUCUGCGCAAUCUAUUCGAGGGACAGGGUGGUGUCAUGCCCCUGGAGCCCGAUGCUGACGAUCUGUCGAGUCACUACUUCAUAUCAGCGCUGACACCGGGCGAACUCUCGGUGAGCUUCAGGCCCCCCGAGAACCCAUUAGCUUGGGGUGUCCAAUUUCCACAGGGCACCGGAGCCCGUGUUGUGGAGGAGCGCGGGGACGAGGAGGAUGUACCUAGACAGCCUCGUACGACUCGCAGUCACAGUGUCCGGGGCCCUGGCGACUACACACCGGCGGAGCAGACUUUUGACUGGUCGACCCAGGUCUACCCUCAUUGGUCUUCCCCAUUCCUGAAGCCGCAGUAUAGAACAGAGACCCCGAUAUUCUUUGCUGAACCGCUCACUUCUAUUGCACCACAUGAGUGGGGACAGUCCAGUUCGGCAGGACAGGCUCAGACGGAGGAGCCUGAGCCACAGGCAGAGCAGCCACAGGUACUGCUGCUGCAGCACCUAGAGCAGCCGCCGGCAGAGCAGCCGCCAGCAGAGCAGCCGCCGACAGAGCAGCCGCCAGCAGAGCCCCCGCGUCGCAGUCAGAGGGUGAGGCGUCCGUUUAACUAUCAGCGAUCGCCUUGGGUUAAUAGCCAAAUGCCACGUCCAGUGACACAAGUCUGCAGUGACCAUUAUGAGAAGUGGAUGGCUAGGUGUCGAGAGGGUAGGGGUCGUGAGAUUUAUGUCAAGGCAAGUGGUGGUUUGCGGGAGUACGACGACUUCGCGCGGGUGGAUAAUGUCAGCCAGGAAUUCACAACUGGGGAUAUUGACUUGUAUUUCUUAAGCUUGAGAAAUAGACUUCGAGCUUCAGCAGAUUUACUGGAUGACGUAGAUAUGAAUAACACAAUCAUAUUAGACACGGAUUGGUUUAUAUACCUCCAGGGCGAGUGGGACGCUCUAUUGGAGAAGUGGGCAAGAAGUGAGUUUACCCCAGAGGAGUAUCAUAUAUUGACGCAUGGAGCAGUAGCUGAUGGUUGGCAGCCCCGGAUAGACUGGCUCUGCCAAAUACGUGGAAAAGCCGUUAAGGGCCAUGAACUUCCUCCUGGUCAUAUAGGAUGGAUGGAUGCCACACAGGUUCUCAUGCCAGUCAUAAUUGGCCACCAUUUUGUCCUAUGUCGGAUCCGGUUAGGAGAAUUGGUUUGCGAGGUCUAUGACCCAGUAUUCCACAAGCUAUCACCUCGACAGCAGGAUGGUCGAGUUGGUGAACUACUGCCUUUACUGAGAUUGUUGCCAAUUGUCCUUCAGUUGGCGAGGUGGCUAGACGACACAUCCAUUGAUUCGACAGUGGCAAAGGAGAAGUACCCACUUAUGACAGCGGUGUUUGCUCCAGCGGAGGUUCAGUUUCACCAGCAGGACUCUGUCAGCUGCGGGCCUUUCGUCUGCAUGUAUGCAGAACGACUGAUAUCUGGCUCUCCAUCCAUUGAGUGGGGUAACCACAACGUGGCGGCAUACAGGGCCAAGAUUGCUAGAUCUAUAUUUUCGCUGUGUGAAACUAGGAAAGCCCGUAUCACUAGACUUGGUUUUGCAUAG